AAUUAUUUUGGCAGCUCUACCUAACUCUGAUGCAGCGUAGAAAACAGAACAAGCUAUGAAAUAAGAUGGCAAGAAGGAAGUUCACUGGAUUGGAAAUCUCUCUGAUUGUCCUCUUUGUCAUAGUUACCAUCAUAGCUAUUGCCCUUGUUGCUGUUUUAGCAACAAAGACACCUGCUGUUGAAGAAAUUAGGGAUCCUACUUCAACUCCAGCUACCACCUCGUCUCCUUCUGGUUCAGGAAGAUGUCCAAAUGAGCCGAAUGAUGCUGUCAAUGAGAGAAUAAACUGCAUUCCAGAACAAUUUCCAACACAGGCUACUUGUGCCCAGCGAGGCUGCUGCUGGAGGCCUCGGAACGAUUCUACUGUUCCUUGGUGUUUCUUUGCAGAUAACCACGGAUAUAAUGUUGAAGAAAAGACAACAACAAGUACUGGAUCUACAGCCAAAUUAAGAAGGAUAUCUUCACCUACAGUCUUUGGAGCUGACAUUGAUAAUGUUCUUUUGACAACUCAGAAUCAGACGAUCAAUCGUUUCCGGUUUAAGAUUACAGAUCCAAACAACACCCGAUUUGAAGUUCCUCAUCAGUAUGUCAAAGAAUUCACUGGGCCCGUAGCUUCUGAGACAUCGUACGAAGUUCAGGUUACUGAAAGCCCCUUCAGUAUCAAAGUUAUUAGGAAAAGCAAUGGCAAAACAUUGUUUGAUACCAGCAUUGGUCCCCUGGUGUACUCUGACCAGUACUUACAGAUCUCGACCAGACUCCCCAGUGAAUAUAUUUAUGGUAUUGGAGAACACAUUCAUAAGAGAUUCCGUCACAAUUUAAAUUGGAAGACAUGGCCAAUCUUUACUCGAGAUCAACUUCCCGGUGAUAAUAAUAAUAAUUUAUAUGGCCAUCAAACAUUCUUCAUGUGCAUUGAAGAUACUUCUGGAAAGUCAUUUGGUGUUUUCUUAAUGAACAGCAACGCGAUGGAGAUUUUCAUCCAGCCUACUCCAAUAGUAACCUACAGAGUUAUUGGUGGCAUUCUGGAUUUUUACAUCAUUUUAGGAGACACACCAGAACAAGUAGUUCAACAAUAUCAACAGCUCGUUGGGCUACCAGCAAUGCCAGCAUAUUGGAGUCUUGGCUUCCAACUGAGUCGCUGGAAUUAUAAGUCUCUAGAUGUAGUGAAAGAAGUGGUGAAGAGGAACCGGGAUGCCGGCAUACCCUUUGACACACAGGUCACUGAUAUUGACUACAUGGAAGACAAGAAAGACUUUACUUAUGAUCAGGUUGCAUUUCAAGGGCUCCCUGAAUUUGUUCAAGAUUUGCAUGACCAUGGACAGAAAUACGUCAUCAUCUUGGACCCGGCAAUUUCCAUAGAUAAGCGUGCCAAUGGCGCAGCAUAUGAAACCUAUGACAGGGGCAACGCAGCAGGUGUGUGGGUAAACGAGUCUGAUGGAAGCACACCCAUCAUUGGAGAGGUAUGGCCAGGAUUGACUGUCUACCCUGAUUUCACCAACCCAACCUGCAUAGACUGGUGGGUGAAUGAAUGCAAUCUUUUUUAUCAAGGAGUGAAAUAUGAUGGACUUUGGAUUGACAUGAAUGAAGUUUCCAGCUUUAUUCAAGGUUCAAAGAAAGGGUGCAGUGAAAACAAACUAAAUUACCCACCUUUUACUCCAGAUAUUCUUGACAAACUCCUGUAUUCUAAAACAAUCUGCAUGGAUUCCGUGCAGACCUGGGGGAAGCAGUAUGAUGUUCAUAGCCUCUAUGGAUACAGCAUGGCAAUAGCCACAGAGAAAGCUAUAGAAAAAGUUUUUCCUAAUAAGAGAGGCUUUAUUCUCACCCGAUCGACGUUUGCUGGAUCUGGACACUACGCUGCACAUUGGUUAGGAGACAACACAGCUUCCUGGGAACAAAUGGAAUGGUCUAUCGCUGGGAUGCUGGAGUUCAGCUUGUUUGGAAUACCUUUGGUGGGAGCAGACAUCUGUGGAUUUGUGGGUGAAACCACAGAAGAGCUUUGCAGAAGGUGGAUGCAACUGGGGGCAUUUUACCCUUUCUCCAGAAACCAUAAUGGUGACGGGUAUGAGCAUCAGGACCCAGCAUUUUUUGGACAGAAUUCACGUUUGGUCAAUUCGUCCCGGCACUAUUUGACAAUCCGCUACACACUGCUACCGUUCCUCUAUACUCUGUUUUAUAAAGCCCAUGUGUUUGGAGAAACAGUGGCAAGACCAGUUCUUCAUGAGUUUUAUGAGGAUACAAACAGCUGGAUUGAGGACCUGGAGUUUUUGUGGGGCCCGGCAUUACUCAUUACUCCUGUUUUAAAACAGGGAGUAGAUACAGUGAGUGCAUAUAUCCCUGAUGCUACCUGGUACGAUUAUGAAACUGGUGCAAAAAGGCCAUGGAGAAAACAACGUGUUAAUAUGUAUCUGCCGGCGGACAAAAUAGGAUUACAUCUUAGAGGAGGGUACAUUAUCCCCAUUCAAGAACCAGAUGUAACAACAACCGCCAGCCGUAGGAAUCCGCUAGGACUUAUAGUUGCAUUAGAUGAAAAUAAUAGAGGAACAGGAGACUUCUUCUGGGAUGAUGGAGAAACUAAAAAUACUGUACAAAAUGGCAACUACAUAUUGUACAGAUUUUCAGCUUCUAACAAUUCUUUAAGUAUUGAAUGCACACACUCAGGGUACCAGGAAGGAACUACCUUGGUAUUUCAGACCAUAAAAAUUCUUGGGUUGACAGACACUGUCACAGAAGUUCUGGUGGCGGAAAACGGUCAACAAAUGACCGCCCACAGCAAUUUUACUUAUGAUCCUUCAAACCAGAUUCUCCUGAUAACGAAUCUCCACUUUAACCUUGGAAGAAGCUUUAAUGUCCAAUGGAAUCAAGUUUACCCAGAAAAUGAAACCUUUAACUGUUAUCCGGAUGCAGACAACGCGCCUGAAGCAGCGUGUAGACAACGAGGCUGUUUAUGGCGAGCGGUUUCUUUAUCCAAGGCACCCGAAUGUUACUUUCCAAGACAGGACAACCCUUACUUAGUCAAGUCAAUGCAGUAUUCAUCAACGGGGAUUACAGCUGACCUCGAAUUAAAUGCUGCAAAUGCUAGAAUAAGGCUGCCUUCGGAACCCAUCUCUACUCUUCAUGUGGAGGUGAAAUAUCACAAAGAUGAUAUGCUGCAGUUUAAGAUUUAUGAUCCCCUAAAGAAGAGGUAUGAAGUUCCAGUACCAUUGAACAUUCCAACCACUCCAACAAGUAGUCAUGAAAAUCGACUUUAUGAUGUUGAAAUCAAGGAAAAUCCUUUUGGUAUCCAGAUUCGACGGAGAAGCAGUGGAAGAGUUAUCUGGGAUUCUCGCCUGCCUGGAUUUGCUUUUAAUGACCAAUUUAUUCAAAUUUCUACCCGCCUGCCAUCAGAAUAUAUCUACGGUUUUGGGGAAGUGGAGCACACAGCAUUUAAGCGAGAUCUGAACUGGAAUACCUGGGGAAUGUUCACGAGAGACCAACCCCCUGGUUAUAAACUUAAUUCCUAUGGAUUUCAUCCCUAUUACAUGGCUCUGGAAGAAGAGGGAAAUGCCCAUGGAGUUCUCUUGCUCAACAGCAAUGCAAUGGAUGUUACCUUCCAGCCAACUCCUGCUCUAACUUACCGCACAAUUGGAGGAAUCUUAGAUUUUUAUAUGUUUUUGGGCCCAACUCCAGAGGUUGCCACAAAGCAAUAUCAUGAAGUAAUUGGCCGCCCAGUCAUGCCACCAUAUUGGGCCUUAGGAUUCCAACUUUGUCGUUAUGGAUACAGAAACACUUCACAGGUUGUGGAACUAUACGAAGAAAUGGUGACUGCUCGGAUCCCCUAUGACGUCCAGUACACAGACAUUGACUACAUGGAAAGGCAACUGGACUUUACGAUUGAUGAUGAAUUCGCUGAACUUCCUCAGUUUGUUGACAGAAUAAGAGGAGAAGGCAUGAGAUACAUUAUUAUCCUGGAUCCAGCAAUUUCAGGAAAUGAAACAAAGCCUUACCCUGCAUUUACCAGAGGAAUAGAGAAAGAUGUCUUUGUCAAAUGGCCUAACACCAGUGAUAUUUGUUGGGCAAAGGUGUGGCCAGAUUUGCCCAAUGUAACAAUAGAUGAAACUAUAACUGAAGAUGAAGCUGUUAAUGCUUCCAGAGCUCAUGUAGCUUUUCCAGAUUUCUUCAGAAAUGCCACAGCAGGAUGGUGGGCAAGGGAGAUUAUAGAUUUUUACACUGACCAGAUGAAGUUUGAUGGCUUGUGGAUUGAUAUGAAUGAACCAUCAAGUUUUGUAAAUGGAACAACUACUAAUGAAUGCAGGAAUGAAAAGUUAAAUUACCCACCAUAUUCCCCAGCACUCACAAAAAGAUAUGAAGGACUCCAUUUCAGAACCAUGUGCAUGGAGACGGAGCAGAUUCUCAGUGAUGGGUCAUCAGUUUUACACUAUGAUGUUCAUAACCUGUACGGAUGGUCGCAAAUAAAACCCUCUUACGAUGCACUACAGAGGACAACUGGCAAAAGAGGCAUUGUCAUUUCCCGUUCCACAUACCCUACUGCGGGCCGGUGGUCAGGACACUGGCUUGGUGACAACUACGCGCGUUGGGACAAUCUGGACAAAUCCAUCAUUGGUAUGAUGGAAUUUAGUCUCUUUGGAAUCUCAUAUACUGGAGCAGACAUCUGUGGAUUCUUCAAUGAUUCAGAGUAUCAUCUCUGUACCCGCUGGACGCAACUUGGAGCGUUUUAUCCAUACUCAAGAAAUCACAACAUCGCAUUUACUAGAAGACAAGAUCCUGUUUCUUGGAAUGAAACUUUUGUUACAAUGGCAAGGGACGUUCUAAAUAUCAGAUACAACUUACUGCCUUAUUUCUAUACACAAAUGCAUGACAUUCAUGCUCAUGGUGGCACUGUUAUCCGACCCCUCAUGCAUGAGUUCUUUAAUGAAAGGGAAACCUGGGAUGUAUUUGAGCAGUUCUUGUGGGGUCCGGCGUUUAUGGUCACCCCUGUAUUGACACCAUAUGCUGAAACUGUGCGUGGCUACGUCCCUAAUGCUCGGUGGUUUAACUACCAUACAGGCCAAGACAUUGGUGUCAGAAGACAAUUUCAUGUUUUUAAUGCUCCUUUUGAUACAAUAAACCUACAUGUCCGUGGUGGCCACAUCCUACCGUGUCAAGAGCCUGCCCAGAACACACAUUUCAGUCGACAAAAUCACAUGAAGCUCAUUGUUGCUGCCGAUGAUAAUCAGAUGGCACAGGGGACUCUGUUUUGGGAUGAUGGAGACAGUAUAGACACCUAUGAAAGAGACCUAUACUUCUUGGCACAAUUUAAUUUAAAUAAGACCACUUUGACAAGCACUAUAUUGAAAAACGGUUACAUAAAUAAGAGUGAAAUGAUACUUGGACUCAUCUAUGUGUGGGGGAAAGAAAAAACAGCUGUCAAUGAGGUUAAUCUAAUAUAUAAUGAAAAUAAAGUAUCAGUUACUUUUAACGAAGACUCAGACAACGAGGUAUUAACCAUUGACCUGCGCAAUCAACAUGUUACACUCGAUGAACCAUUUGAAAUCUCCUGGUCUUGAAGGUCACCAUCAAUUCCAGCCAUCAAAUAGGAAGAAAUGCAUGGAUUCAUGUUUUAGAGCACAUAUAAUUAUCUUUCUUCACUGUUUUUUUAUAUUCUAUAAAAUAUAAUUUUCACAGCAUCUACCUACAUGUUAUUGUACAGUGCACAUGGAUGGUAGUGUUAAUCUUAUUAUAUUAGCAUGGUCUGGAUUCAGUUUUCUAAAAUAUGUCAAAUAGAAUGUGAAUAGUUCUACUUAUCCAUGUUAAGUAUCAGCUAACUGUAAACUAGUUACUACAUAUGUAUAGGUAUAGCUAAGAUAUAAAUUGAACAGGUAAUUCUAAAUUAAGUGAAAUCUUUGUGUAAUGGUAAAUUGUAUAUAAUAGUUCCUCAAUGUUUAGUAGCAUUGAGAUAUGUAUCAACAUUUGUCACAAGAUUUAAUUAUUUCUUAAUAUGUACAUUGAAUUAGAAAAUGAAAUAAAUGAAAUAAAAGGUAUAUAAUUAUAUAAA